AUGGCGUCGAAUGAGGUCAAGUUCGAUGUGCCCCUCUCGCAGGGCUUUGGAUAUGGUAUUAUCCUGGGUCUGGGGUUUGCUUUUGCUUUGGUAAUGAUUUUUAUCACUUGGUCGCUCAAGAGAUAUCAGCAUGAAGUCCAAACGUCUGAGAUGUUCUCGACAGCCGGACGGUCUGUUAAGUCAGGCUUGGUUGCUGCUGCUGUUGUCAGUAGUUGGACGUGGGCUGCGACUCUUCUUCAGUCCACUUCAGUGACAUACAAGUAUGGCAUUUCGGGGCCGUUCUACUAUGCUUCAGGUGCAACCGUCCAGAUAAUCCUGUUCACGACCCUAGCCAUCGAACUCAAACGACGAGCCCCCAACGCCCAUACCUUCCUCGAAGUCAUCCACGCGCGAUACGGAACGACCGUCCACAUCGUCUUCAUCGUCUUCUGUCUAAUGACCAACAUCUUGGUCACCGCCAUGUUGCUCACCGGCGGUUCUGCAGUCUUGACAUCCUUGACGGGCGUCCAUACCGCGGCAGCGUGCUUCCUUCUUCCGAUUGGCGUUGUGCUAUAUACUCUCUUUGGUGGAAUUAAGGCGACCUUUAUCACCGAUUACAUGCAUACUGUGGUUAUUCUCGUGGUAAUCUUCCUUUUCGCGUUCUCAGCGUAUGCGACGAAUACGACUCUGGGAUCGCCCGGGAGGGUGUAUGAUGCAUUGGUUGCCGCUGCUAAGCUUAACCCGGUUGAGGGAAAUGCGGAGGGGAGUUAUUUGACUAUGCGGUCGAAGGAGGGUGGUAUCUUCUGGAUCAUUAACCUGAUUGGAAACUUUGGAACCGUCUUCCUCGACAACGGAUACUACAACAAAGCUAUCGCCGCACACCCCGUUCACGCCUUCCCCGGAUACGUUCUCGGUGGUCUUUGCUGGUUCGCCAUUCCAUGGCUCUGCGCUACUACAAUGGGAGUCUCUGCGCUAGCCCUAGAAGGCAACCAGCAUCUGAGCUCCGAAGACGUGACUGCAGGUCUCGUGCUGCCCUUCGCCGCCGUCAAGCUAAUGGGAUACAGCGGUGCCGUCGCGACAACCCUCAUGAUGUUCAUGGCCGUGACGUCUGCAUUCUCAGCGCAACUAAUCUCCGUCUCUUCGAUCCUGACCUAUGACAUCUACCAGGCCUAUAUUGAACCCCAUGCUAAGGGCAAGAAGCUGGUUUGGAUCUCCCAUAUUACAUGCAUUAUAUAUGCGCUUGCCAUGGCUGCGUUCGCGACAGGUCUUUACUAUGCUGGAAUUGGAAUGGGUUAUCUCUACCUACUGAUGGGAGUUAUUAUCUCUUCUGCUGUGUUCCCAGGUGCGAUGACUUUGCUCUGGAAGAGUCAGAACUGGAUCGCUGCUGGCGUUUCGCCAGUUCUUGGUCUGGCUGUGUCGCUUAUUGCUUGGCUUGUGACUACGAGGAGGCAGUACGGUGAUUUGAACGUUACUACUACCGGAGAAAACUAUCCCAUGCUGGCUGGAAACGUCGCAGCCCUCCUCAGCCCAGUGGUUAUCUCCCCAUUCCUAACUUACACCCUCGGCCCCCAAAACUACGACUACAAAUCCAUGCAAGCAAUCCGCCAAGUCGACGACACAGAAGUCCUCGCAGCAGCACACGUCGACCCCGAAUCCCUCCCUCCCACCGACGACCCCAACACCGCCGACAAAAUAAACCCAACAACCUCCCAAAUUCAAACCCAACCCCAAUUCCAAAUCACCCCAGAAGAAGAAGAAGAACGCAAACUCAACCGCGCGGCCCUCUACUCCCGCACCCUAACAAUCUUCAUGGUACUCUGCUUCCUGAUCCUCUGGCCGAUCCCCAUGUACGCGUCGUCGUACGUCUUCAGCAAGCCAUUUUUCACGGGGUGGAUUGUUGUGGGGAUUAUUUGGCUGUUCGUGACGACGGGUGGGGUUGUGGUGUUUCCACUUUGGGAGGGGAGGGAGAGUAUUGUUAGGACUGUGAGGUUGAUGGGGAGGGAUUUGAUGGGGAUGAGCGGGAGGAGGAAGCCUGUUGCUGAUAUUUCUGGGUUGGGGGAGGAGUCGGAGGAGGUUGUUGGUGAUGGGAGUAUGGGGGUGGAGGGGAUGGGGGGCAAGAGGAAGGAUGGGGAGUAG